AUGUCGACCCCGGCUCCUGCAGCGCACCCCGGCCUGCCCUGGCGGCUCGCCUCCAUGGCCGUCAUGGGCACCGUCGGGACCCUGUCCAGGUGCUUCCUCUACGGCUUCAACCACGUCGAGGUCACAGGGCUGAACCAUCUCCUCGGAGCCCUCGACCGGAGGAGGACCUGGGGUCCCGAGCGCGGCCUCCUGACCGUAUGCAACCACGUCGGAGUCCUUGAUGAUCCCCUCAUGUGGGGGAUACUUCCUCUACGCUACACCACCGACCUCGCCAAUCUGAGAUGGGGUUUGGGAGCCCAUGACAUAUGCUUCAAGAACCGCUUCUCGUCCACCUUCUUCAGCCUGGGCCAAGUCCUGCCGACACGUCGCCUGUGGCACUCUCCCCUGGGCGGCCUAUACCAACCUACCAUGGCACAAGCCAUCAGCAUCCUAUCCGGACCAGCCAAGGGCUCCACUCUCCCGGGACGCUUCUUCUCGACCGACGGAUCCGACUCCUUCCCCGCCCCGGCCGCAUACACGGCCAGACGCCAUGCUUGGGUCCAUGUCUUUCCCGAGGCUUGCUGCCACCAAAGUCCAGACAGUAGCCUGCGGUACUUCAAGUGGGGUAUAUCGCGGCUCAUCCUCGAGAGUGAUCCGGCCCCUGUAUUCAUACCCAUGUUCAUUCACGGCACCCAGGCCAUCAUGCCCGAGGACAGGGGCUGGCCGCGAUGGCUCCCUCGGGUGGGCAACCGCGUCGAGGUGGUCAUAGGAGAGCCAAAGCAUGUUGAUUCCCUCUUUGGUCGUCAGCGGGCUGCGUGGAAGCGGUUGGCUGACAAUGGCAACGCCGAGCUUUUGGAACACGACCAAGAGGCCGUUCGGUUGAGGAUCGAGGUCGCCAAGUCCGUUCGUGACGAGGUCCAGAAGCUGCGCGACAGCAUUGGCUUGCCCCGUGAGGAAGACGAGACGGCAGCUCUUGCAGAAACCUGGUCCAAGGAGCCCAACAAGCGCAGAUUCAAGAGUCCCGUCGAUGGCAGCUUGGUCACUCGGCACUAG